AGCAUUUGUAGAAUGGACCGUGUUAUGUGGUUGUCGGCACUCUGGGUUCUACUAAUAGCCGUAUGCGUUCAAUGUGCGGCCACACAUAAACACACGCACACGGCAACGAAGGAACGCACCGAGGACGGAGCAUACGCACCGCGAGAUGCGCAUCACAUGGAAGGUGGGGAACACUUUUCGGAAUUCGAUCAUGAGGCGAUCCUCGGCAGCGUUAAGGAGGCGGAAGAGUUUGAUAAUUUAUCGCCCGAAGAGUCCAAGAAGCGACUCGCUGUGCUGGUGGUCAAGAUGGAUCAAAACUCCGACGGAUACGUUGAUCGCCAUGAGCUAAAAGCGUGGAUUCUGCGGUCAUUUAAAAGCCUUGCAGAAGAGGAAGCAUCGGAGCGAUUUGAGGAUGUUGAUUUGAAUAAUGAUGAAUCCGUGACGUGGGACGAAUAUCUGCAGGAAACGUACGGAAUGGAUAGCGAAGAUGAGGAAGGAGUCCGUCUACCGUUCGAGGAGCCCCGAAACGAGGAAGAACGCAAGCUAAUUCAAGACGACAAGGAAAUGUUCGAUGCAGCGGAUACCAAUCGCGACGGGAAGCUAGAUUCCGUCGAGUUCGUACAGUUUAUUUCCCCGGAAGAGUUCCCACAAAUGUUGCCCAUAAUUCUGCAACAAACGCUGCGGGAUAAGGAUACGAAUAAGGACGGACGUAUCGACUUUCAGGAAUUUGUUGGAGACAAUGCAAAAGACCAUGACAAGGAGUGGCUGGUGGUUGAGAUGGACAAAUUCAAGGAGGAUUUCGAUAAGAACAACGAUGGAUUCCUGAGCGGAAACGAAAUCCUGUCAUGGGUUGUGCCAAGCAAUGAUGAGGUUGCAAGCGAUGAAGUUGAUCACCUGUUUGCUGCUAGCGAUGAUGACCAUGAUGAUCGUUUGUCGCACCAGGAAAUCAUCGACAAAUACGAUAUCUUUGUUGGUAGUGAAGCUACCGACUAUGGUGAUCAUCUGCAGAACAUUCAUCAUUUUGAUGACGAACUGUAA